AUGACGACCACGACGACCCUACUGUAUCCAUCUCCCUCCUCGGCCUCGUCAAGUCUGCAUCUCUGCCUCAGCUGUGUGCUCAGCAAAAUCAUGAAAGUUUCGAUUUCCAUCCAUAGUCUUAUCGUCGCGGCCUGCCUGCUCGCGACGGUCCCCGCCAUACCCCUACCUCCCUCGAUAAAAUACAGCUACUCGAUGGCUGGCUCAGCCCUUCCUCCCGGGGCUGGCGAGACCGUCAGUUGGAACAUGGCUGGGACCGUCACCGUUAGACCAACUCAUAUCGAUAUAACAAAGCUCCCCGGACCACCGUUCAUCGUGAAAAAGGUGGCUGGCUAUGCCCAGUCAGAUAGUAUCUGGCACGACGUCAUGUUCGAGGCAUCUCUCGCGUACGGCUGCUAUACCUUCACGCUACAGCGAACGAUACGCUUCCACGCAUCUCCUGAAUAUAAAUUCGAGCAGAUCUUCCAGGAUAUUUACACGAUACCCGAUCGCACAAGACAUGGUUGCCAAGACGUGUCGCCGGGCAAACGCGAUAUAACACCGGCACGAGACGUCUGGGGCAUCAUACCAAUAUCGAGCAUUGCCAUCGCGUAG